AUGGCGACGGCCGCGCUGUCUGCCUACGUGGAGCAGUCCGUACUGCUCCUCACGCAGGACGGCCGCGUCAUCGUCGGCAUCCUGCAGGGCUUCGACACGGCCGGCUCCGUCAUCCUCAGCGCGUGCGUGGAGCGCAUCUUCAGCGCAGAGGCGCCGGUGGAGGAGGUGCCGCUGGGCCUGUACAUUCUGAGGGGCGACGCCAUCACACUAGUGGGCCGACUGGAUGCCGAGCUGGAAAAGACGCAGGACCUGCAGAGUCUGCGCAUCGAUCCCAUCCCGCACGUAAGGCAUACGUAG